AUGAUUUCAACAAUCGGCACAACAACAAUUCAAACAACAGCACCAAACUCGUUAGUCAUGAAUCCAACAUCUAUGUUAGUAGAAAUGAAAAGCUUCAUUCCUUCUUCAUAUACUUUUGAAACAGAAAUCCAGAAGAUAAAGCAAGAACUUUUAACAAGUAAUUUAGACUGUAGUGCGAAAGAUGAAACAAAUGAAGAAUAUCUUUAUGAAAUGCAGGACAUUAUUGACCAUUUGCCUAAACUACCUGAAAUCCAACAACAAAAACUCACUAUUCCUGAAUUCGACGAAAUUGAAGUGAAACCAACUGACUCAGUAGAAAUUAAGAAAUUCAUACGUAAAGUAAAUUAUGAAUUCCUUGGUUUUCAUUGCAACCAUAAAGUUAUGGACAAAGAUUGCGACAUGGUUUAUAAAAAUAUUUCUGACAUAUAUAAAUCUGAAGAAUUUAAGACCUACGACAACUUUGUUUCGUUAGUUGCUGAAUGUGUUUGGGAAAUAAGAGAUAAAGAUAGAAGAGGCAAAGUAUGGAACAAACAAAUAAGACCCGCUAUGUUUGAGAUGAAGAGAGCAAUUGACGCUUUAGUUGUUUUAGCUGGUUUUAUUUCAAUGUAUAACGCAAAAAUGAACCCGCAAUGUUCAAAAUGUAAGGCAGCAAUUAGGAAAUAUAACUACUCCGUCAAAGAGAUAGAAAGAAUGAGAAACGACUAUGCAG